AUGGCUGGUACUAACCGCGAUGCCUUGUACGGCCGGCCAUCAGGCAGCCGGUCUUUUAUUUUUAACUCGGAGCAGCCAACCAAGACUGCCGUUCUGACUGGCGUCGCCGUCUUUUGCUUUCUAUUAUUUGUUCGAUUUGGCCUGCAGCGUGGUGUUGCUUGGAUGCGCCAGUCCCGAUCGCGCCGGUUCUCUCACACACAAGAGCAGACACGGGCAACGCCGCCUAUACUCGACGAAAAGAUGCCGCAAACGUCUCGCUGUCACAGUCGUCCCGCUUCUCAGGAGCCGUGCAGCAGCACCGGCGAUUCGGAUGCCUCGACGUCUUUUUCUGCGCCCAGCGCAGUGCCAGAGCGCCAGCAAAGACGGCUUCUCACAAGGCUGCCGCCUCCACCUCCACUGACACCGCCGGAGCUCAGCGCUACCAUCUUUGCCUGUGAUGAAGAUGUAGACGGAUUCAUGAGCCAGCCCAACCCUGACUACAUGUCGGCUACUGCGUCGAUGCCCUUCGAAGACGCUCAGCCUACGCCUCGGAGACGUUCUUACAUGAAGACAUUUACGAUUGGAACUCCGAUGGUCGCCAGCGAAGACGGCGCAUUCCCGGACUCGAGUUUUGGUCCGGGCGCGUAUCCUCCGAGCCCGUCGUUCUCAGCACCGCCUCCUCGGUCACAAAGCCAGAUGCGAGCCCACGAGGACGAUGCACCCCGUCACAAUGUGGACGUCAAGGGCGAAAUCAUCUCUGUCGUCAACCAGGACGGCGAGGGUUGGACUCGCCACACGCGCGUCUACGGUGGCGGAGCAUGUCUGGCUUGUACAGCGUCGGGUGGGCAGGAAGGUGGAUUUUACGGCGCCACAGUAACCCCCGAGGAGAUGCGAUACUGA